AUGGCUCCUACGAGGUCAAAGAAGCGAGGCUCCGACCAGUCCACAGCCUCGACGCGGCAGCGCGGUGUCAAGGUCCCCGUCAGGGAAGAGCCGACCACACCUACAGAGCGCAGUCCCAUCAAGAGGCGAAGAGCUGGCAUCACGCUACCUCAAAAACAGACUUUAAUUGAGAACUUACAACUUGAGAUCACCGAGAGAGCUCGACGACUUCGUGCCCAAUACAACCUCCAGGCCCAGGGCCUUCGAUCGCGAAUAGAAAUUCGCGUCAACCGAAUCCCUACCGCUCUACGCAAGAUGAAAAUGGGAGACUUGCUUCUCAAGUAUAUCAAUCAGGAGCAGGCAGCUCUGCGGCCACCCGUGCCAGCCAAGGAUGGCCCGUUGUCGCGUAGCGCAGCUCAGAAACAAAGCUCGCGCCCGAAUACCGCGCGCAGCAACAAACGUGUCAGCACCGAAAUUUCUGGCGGAGACAAGGAAAACGAGAUUGGUGGCGAAACGAUGAAGAGGCGCGUUCGCGCCGCUAUGCAAGACAACCCGAUUCGCCCAACACAGAUCUUAUCGCCGACCUCAUCCAACUCUCGACUCGGCAACCGCGAAAUUCCCGUGUCACCCACCAAGUCGUACCUGAGCAGACCCGGUUCGCCUCUAAAAACUGGAGGUGUGCGCUCCGCCGCGACAGCUACCUCCAUGUUAUCCAACAUGGUGGAAAAGGCCAAGGCCGCCCGAGCUGCAAGCACCAGAAAGUUGACCACGUCAUCCAUCGCUAGCUCACGAAGCGCUGCCGCACCGCCCGCCAGCGCAGCAAAGACGAGACGGGCGGCUCCGGUGAAGCAGCAGCCUGCUCGACCGGCCACUCGCACGGGGCGCCGAAUUAGUGCUCACAGUGAGACGAGCGAGGCGAGCAAUGGCACCGUCGUGCGUAAGCCGGUCGCAUCCAAGGCUAGCACGGCGACUACAAAAAAAUCAGUCAUGGGUAGCCUCCGCAAAGGUGUAGCCAACAGUAGAGCUACGGCGCCUACAACGAGCAGCUCCGGACGAGUUCUCCGCAAGCGUACGUAG